AUGUCUAAGCUGAAUUUGGGUCCUGUCAAGGCGUUUAAUGUUAUGAAGACUUGUUUUGGUGGUUCUGAAGAUGUGGGUGCAAGCAAAGUUGAAUAUAAGAACUAUAAGAGAUACUCUAUGGUGUUUGUACCAUUAACUGGUAUUGACAAUCAUCACUGCAAUGUUACAUUUGGUGCAGCAUUGUUGGCGUCGGAAACUGCUGAUACGUAUACUUGGUUGUUAAGAGUUUUUCUUAAAGCUGUUGGUUCUCAGCCAAAAUUUGUUGUCACUGACCAAGAUCCAGCGAUGAAGAAGGCUAUUUCUGCUGUAUUUGUUGACACGAGACAUCGGUUAUGCAUGUGGCAUGUGAUUCAUAAACUUUCUCUGAAGGUUGGUGUUAGGCUAUGCAAUUCCACCAAUUUUAAAGAACGUAUCUGUGGUGUUGUGUGGACGGAUAUUCUCGCACCUGAAGAGUUUGAAUUAGAAUGGGAAAUGGUUAUUGUAGAAUUCAAUUUAGAAGAUAAUGACUGGCUAUCUGAUAUUUUUGCACUUAGGGAAUCUUGGAUCCCUGCAUACUAUAGAAUGGAGCCAAUGUCUGGUCUUAUGCGAACGACAUCCAGGUCGGAGUGUGAGAAUCAUUUUUUUGGUCAAGUGUGCAAUUCGAAAGCUACUCUUGUUGAGUUCAUGACGCAUUAUGAGACUGCAAUAGAAGCACAACGUCACACACAUCGUAAAAAUGAUCAUGAAUCUCGAUACAAAAGACCCCAGCUGAAGAGUAGUUACAAAGUGUUGGAAGGGCAAGCUGUUGAUAUAUAUACAAAAAGUAUUUUUUGUGACGUUCAAGCUGAGCUUAUUGGAGUUGUGCAUUUCAUAAAUCAACGUUACGAAGAUCAGCCUGAUGGGUUUGUUAAGUUUAAUGUAAAUGACUUCCAACAGCUUUGUACAUCCUUAUUUGAGUUUUUUAGACAAACAUUCUAUGCAUGGCGUUAUAGAGAUAUUGUUUUUGGUGUUUUUCAGUUUGGUUUGCUAUGUAGACAUAUAUUCUAUGUUUUGAGACUUAUGGACAUUAGGGAAUUUCCAAAACAAUACAUUCUGAAUAGAUGGCGCAAAGAGGCCUCCCCAAACUACUCUGAAUUCUCAAUUAGUCGUGAAUAUAUGACCGAGCUUGAUCCUGAUGUGCACAGUAUGAUGCGAGAUGUUAUUUAUUCAACCGAAUACACUUUGAACCGUUUAUCUGGUAAUAAAGAGGAGCUAUCCUUAUACAAGGAUCAUGUUCAAUCUUAUAUGAAGAAGGUUCAAGAUAUGCAUAUUCUUGCUCCUCCCGCUAGUUCUAGGGAUAGAUUUGCCUAG